CUUUUGUAGACACAUUGCGCCGAAAUAUACAUUCCAGUUGACUUUCAAAAUCAAUUCUCCUCAGAAUGUUGAGCACAUCACACACCGCUCGUUUAUUCCUGUGUACAUAUUUGCCAGUACACUUUACAAGUGCCUUGUAGGUUGGAGAUAACUUCAUAAUGUACUUUGUUGUUGCAAGAAUCUACAUGGCUUUCAUCAAUCCCCAUGAACGAAUAACAAUGCCAAGAGAACUCGUGGAUAAUUCCAAUGAUCUAAUCCUCUUCAACUUCACAGAUUCUGAGACGACCUCACUGGAUCGAUGGGUUGAAGUAUCAGAUACAGUUCGAGAAGCUGGACGAUCGAAAGCUGCCUUAGUAUCACAUGUUGCAUAUAAUUAUCAGUCGGCAAUAUUCUUCUACUUACUCAAUCCACUACCGGAUGGAGCUUGUUUUGCCGGUGUAGAUAUAGACUUGAAUUUCCUCAAUCUGUCAGCAUAUCAAGGCAUUUCAAUUGAUUUACACAGACAGGGUGUCAAUUCUGGAUUUAAACUGUUAUUCUACACUGACUGCGCUGACUAUUCCAACUGUUCCUCAUAUGAAUCAUUUUUCCAGACUUCAGGUGAUCGACAAUACAUCCAGCUACCAUUCCAUACAUUCGAAGCAUAUUUCCGUGGAAAACACCAACCGAAUGCACCACCUCUGGAUAGGAGUCGAUUGACACGUUUCGGCAUACAAGUGUAUGGUGGUGUCUAUGAGAAGCGAAGACAAUCUGGUCCUGGUUCUCUCGAGUUGUUUACAAUUGCAGCGUACAAAUGAGAAACUGGAAAUGACUCAUGUUCCAGUGGAUGAGAUAUCUGAGUGUUUUUUUGUUGUUGUAGUGUCGUAGUUAGUAAUUGUCUCUUCUAUAUGAUUCACAUAGAGAAUAGUGUUUAACUUCCCUCGCACAAUUUAAUAAACCCAUCGUUUCAUCG